AUGGCACCCUCUGUUUCCAUUUACAUUGUGGUGGUAGCAUGGGCUACUUGUAUCUUGUUGUACGGAACGUAUUUCGAGGACAGUGGAGCUCAGUUUGUGGGAGCAUCUGAAUCAUCACCACUACAACUGGAAGCAAAGGCUCUUCUGGAGAGUGGAUGGUGGAAUGACUACAGCAACGAUACUUCAAGUCGUUGCAAGCACUGGCCUGGUAUUACUUGCAAUGUUGCUGGAAGCGUCACAGAGAUUUACUUGUUUUAUUGGCAGCUCAAUGGAGAUAAGUACUUAAAAUUCAACUUCUUAUCUUCCUUACCUAAUUUAGUCAGCCUUGUUCUUCCUGGAAAUAGUCUUCAAGGGAGCAUCCCUUCAUCUCUAUUGCUCUUAACCAAUCUCACUCAUCUGGAUCUGCGUGAUAACCAACUCAAUGGUUCCAUCCCCCCAAAAUUAGGAAAUUUGAGUAAUCUCAAUCUGGAUUUGUCUUAUAACCAUUUCAAUGGUUCCAUCCCCAAAGAUUUAGGGAAUUUGAGGAAUCUCGAUGUCUUAAGUCUAGGUGGAAACAACUUCAGUGGACCAAUCCCUUCAUCUCUUGGGCUCUUAACCAAUCUCACCGACCUGGAUAUGAGUUAUAAUCAAAUCAAUGGUUUUAUAGCUUCUGAAAUAGGGAUGCUAAAGAAUCUUGUCUCUUUGAACCUAGCGGGUAACAUGCUGGUUGGUCAAAUCCCUUGUACUCUCAGCCAUUUAACUCAUUUGGAAAGUUUGUUCCUCAGUAGCAAUCGAAUCAAUGGUUCCAUUCCCCCAGAAAUAGGCAAUAUGGAGAAUUUGAUUUACUUGCACCUCGAGAAUAACAGCCUUAAUGGUUAUAUCCCAAGAGAAAUAGGGAAUUUGAAGAAGCUGGUCCAUCUGAUUCUCGAAUCUAACAAUUUCGGUGGUUCAAUUCCUACUCGGCUAACCAGUUGCUCUUCGUUGGAGCACUUGAUAUUGAGCAACAACUCCUUAAGUGGAAGCAUUCCCUACCAGAUCCGAGAGCUUUUUUUGUUGUCUACUAUAAACCUUAGUCAUAACUUUAUCAAUGGGCAAAUACCUCUUGAAGUGGGGGAUUUAGCAUUUUUAGCGGUCUUGGAUCUUAGCUAUAAUAAUCUUUCUGGCAACAUACCCCUUCCUUUCACUUCUGUAGCACAUAUCAACUUGUCAUACAAUUCUUUUGUGGGUCAAAUACCAAGCGGUUAUCAAAAUCAUACAUCUGACUCAUUAAUUGGCAACAAGGACUUAUGUGGUGACCUCGUGGGUUUUCCUCCUUGUCUUCCACUUUUCCCCCCUUCCCUUCCACUUUCCUCCCCAGCAAGUAACAAAUCAAUUGUACCCAUAGGAAAAAUCGUUGCACCCAUCAGUAUUUUCCUUGGAUUCUUAGUCCUCGGGGGUUUUUGUUUAUUCCUGUCUCAACGCAUGAUCAACAAAACCCAAUCUAUGUCAACACAGAGAAAGAAUGGGAACUUGUUCUCGAUAUGGAAUUAUGAUGGAAAUAUUGCAUAUGAAGAUAUCAUUCAAGCAACCGAUGAUUUUGACAUAAAAUACUGUAUUGGGACAGGUGGUUAUGGUAGUGUUUACAAAGCAAAACUACCUAGUGGCAAGAUAGUUGCCUUGAAAAAACUUCAUCGCUUAGAAGCUGAGAAUCCAACUUUUGAUAAGAGUUUCAAGAACGAGAUAAAGGUGUUAACAGAGAUCAGGCAUCGAAACAUUAUAAAGCUUUAUGGAUUUUGUUUACAUAAGCGAUGUAUGUUUUUGGUUUAUGAGUACAAAGAAAGGGGAAGUCUGUUUUGUGUCCUAAACAAUGACAUUGAAGCUGUGGAAUUAGAUUGGAGCAAGAGGGUAAACAUCAUCAAAGGCACAGCACACGCCUUAUCUUACAUGCAUCAUGAGUGCAUCCCUGCAAUUGUUCAUCGAGAUAUAUCAAGCAACAAUAUUCUAUUGAACAAUAAAUUAGAGGCUUUUGUCUCUGACUUUGGCACAGCUAAACUUCUUGAUCCAGAUUCCUCCAAUCAAACAUUAGUUGUAGGCACUUAUGGUUAUAUUGCCCCAGGUGAAUUAUUCUUUUCUUGCUAUAAUUUACAUAUUUAUUUACUUAUUUUCUUUAAUAUUGUCUAUUAUUCUAGAACAUAA